UGAGCCAUUCGUUGGUGGAGGCAAAAUCCACGUGAGCGAGCUCAAGAGUUUAAAGUUGCUUCGUACUAGUCCACUCAGUCCAGAAAGACGACGAGGACGACAACGAUGAUGAUCGGUAGGACCGUUGCGAGGAGGGCAGCGCCUUUGGGAGCGACGACAGCUCGAGGACAGAGACAUUACUCCUUCUACCCUCCACCAGAGCCGUUCUCGUCCCAGUCAACCAGGGCGAGCGAGCCUCCAACGCCUCCACCACCACCACCACCCUCAUCGCUCUCGACUUUUGGCGCAUCUCCCCAGCUCCUCUCCAAAUUCCUCGCAAGAAAUCCAACAGGACUGACGCUCCGGUCUCUUCUCUCUUUGGGUGGUGAGCCAGGCUCGCCACCUCCGACCGAGAAGCUGCUGCGCUCGGCGAGGUUCACGGCGCAUGAGUUGCCCAUCCGGCUGGCGCGACGCGUGGAUCAGUAUCGGUCGCUGCCCUUCAUCGUCGGAUCGAACCCGUACAUUGCCAAGAUUGCCAGGCUGUAUGCGUCUAGCUUCGACAGUCUCGCAAGUCUGGGCGAGAUCACGUCAACCGCGGAAAACGAAGAGUUUACAAGAAAGUUGGAAGAGAUGGUAGCCCUUCACUCGGAGAAUGUCCCCACCCUCUCUAGAGGGUUCAUCGAAUGCCAGAAGUACAUGCCUUCAGCGGCGAUCACACACUUCCUUGAUGGUGCCAUUCACUCGCGAAUUGGCAUCCGGCUCAUCGCCGAGCAGCACCUCGCACUCACCCACGCUCACGCAACUGGUUCUUCAACAAAUGCACACUCUGUCGGCAUCAUUGACACACAAGUCAAUGCAGCCGACCUCAUCGAUGCUUGUGCAGCCUUUGUUGGAGACCUGUGCGAGAGCACACUUGGCAUCAAACCGGCCAUGGUCCUUGAGGGCGAUCGCAGUGCGACGUUCGUUGGCGUCUCCAGCCACCUGAGCUACUGCAUGACGGAGCUGCUCAAGAACAGCUACCGGGCCACCGUCGAAAGACAUUUGCGCCUCUAUGGCUCCUCGUCUGACCGGCCGCUUCCGCCCAUUACCAUCUCCCUCGCCCUCUCCCCGACGCAUCUUUCGAUUCGGAUUCGCGACCAGGGCGGAGGAAUCCACCCUCGCAAUUUGCCCCACAUCUUCAACUACACCUUCACCACUGCCGGGUCUUCUGGCGAGGACGGCGAGGCCGGUGGGAUGAAGGAGGACGAUGAUGAGGGAGGACCGUAUGCGAUGCAACAGGUCGGCGGCGUCGUAGGUCCCGGUGGGCAGGAGGGUUUGGGAGCGUUGAGCUCGGGCGGAGACGUCGGUCUAUCGAGCGGCAUGGGCACGCUCGCCGGUUUAGGCUACGGCCUUCCUAUGAGCAGAAUUUACGCAGAGCACGGACGAGGAAGCUUGGACAUCGUCAGUCUCUAUGGUCAUGGCUGUGACACAUUCAUCAAAGUGCGCGCGAACCCCCUGGAUCAACAGUGACUUCUCUUCAUACUCUUCUCUUUUUCAUGAGUACUGUACACAUCAUCCCAUCACAUCUUUGUAAAACAUCCAACACUCCUUCUCGGCGUCAAGAGACAGCAAAAGUAGCACGCACGGCAUGCCGCAAUACGAUGAGAGAACAAG